GUGUCAUAUACCGUCUGAAACCAACGGAUUCCGUGUAACGGUGGCCAGAUACGCUGAUGAUGCACAGAUCGCCGUCACUGGACCAUGUGGCAGCUGCAGUUAUCUGUUCUGUGGCAAGCUUUGGAGAGGGCCACUUUCUGUGCACGUGGUUUCUCCAACAUGGCAUCAUGUUGAGAUAAAAAAGGGUGUAGCGAAUUGGCUGCAAUACAUGACGGGGAUAAAAUGUACCUUAACUCAGGAGAUGAUCCAGGAUUCCGUAAAGAGGGAGCGGCAAGCAGCACUGUAGCACGCAUCACUGCAUAUCAUAAAGAUGAUAACUUAUCAUGAAGGUAAAUGGAUAGUUGCCUUAUUAUCAUCUUCUGAACGUUUCCAACCAAUCUCAGACAUUUCAUCGCUACAUCUCAUGAUUUUCCCGUGGGACAAGCGAUUGCUGGAACGUUUUUCAUAACACCUGAUUGUUGGCGCAUGAUCGAAAGGCCAACAGCUGAAACUUACGUUAACGAAAGGUCAAGGAAAGGUUAAGGUUAAGGUAAAGGAAACUUAAAACAAAGAUUAAGCACCUGCAGAAGUCAGUAAUCGUGACCGUAUCUGAAAUCCGCAGUUCGGACUUGCGCGCAUGUCUUUGUACAAAAAAAAAACUUCAGCUUAUCCAGGUCGGCUAGCUGGUUCGGUCAACCACAAAGUACAAAUUCGCAUGUUGUAGGUCUUGGACCGAUGUACGUGAAUUGAUUUUUCCAGGUCUGCACAUAACCAAAAAUGCCGGAAGACACGCACAGUUAAGUUGUGGUUAAGGAUGAUCUCUUCUGUUGUAGUCCUCUAAGAUACCGAAAAUCUUCCAGUGGCCGACUAAAAUACUACUCACCUUGAGCUUCAAAAACUGAUCCCGGCCGAAGGCUUCGUGGCAAAAAGAUCUUUUACGAAAGCUGGAGAAAAUGCGCAUUUCAGUCGCCCGAUGGUGAAUCGUUGAAUGCUUGAUGUAAAUAACUGAUGUAUCGAAUGGCUACGUUAAAAGCCAAUAUACCACAACCACCAUACUUCAGCAUAUGGGCAAAGGCAUAAGGUGGCAAUAAUGUUCAAUUAUCACCUCUUCACGUCCGCUCGCAGGCGAAGCACCAUGAAUGACAAAGUGCUGGCAAUCGGAAGCACAUACGUAUUUUUGGCACGAGUAUAAGGUUCUUUUGAGCUCAUAGGAAACACCCAAGACAAAUGUGGAGGGUUUCGGAGCAAUCAUGAGUGUCUCUGCCGAUUAACGUGUUGGGCAUCCGCCAACAGCGAAGGCUCUUGGGCGGAACGGGGGAACCCAAGACCAAUGUAGGCGGCAUCUGGGUGGUGAGGGGUAUGGCGGCGCAGACAGUUCAACACAGAGGCCCGCCCAGGUUAACACGGAGGUUUCGUGCUGGAGCCUCUGAGCAAACGAGAAGAGCCCCCACGACCAUUGUGGUGGGACCCGAAACGAUUGGGAGUUGCCCGGGAGGUUUGCAUAUAGGGCCUCCGGCCAUGACGUAGGGCCCCGAGCUAAUAGAGGGAAACCAAAACAACUGCAGGGGCUGCUGAGAGAUCAAAAGUGUGUUUGCAAGUAAACUCAAGAAGGACCCGGUGCUGGGUCCUCCGAGCAAACAUGAAGUACCCAAGAUAAAUGAGGACCACAUUUCCACCUGGUGCCCCGCCAACUUGGUGAGGUCAUCUCACAUCACCAUGUUCAGGAACUCCAUCUGUCUCUUACCCAAGGCUUCUGGAGGCACCAGACAUGGGGAUACCCUGCCAGACAGGCAGGCACAGGAGCCCAGCUCUGGGUCUGGUUCCAGCCAGACACACCAGACGUCGACGAGGCCUGGCGGAGUCUGGUGAACGCCCUGUCGGGCCUGUUCUGUGCGUCGCUGAACUUCAUGGACCAGACCGUCACUGCGUCGCCGUCGUUUGCGUACCGGCCUCAAGGCGUGGUGUCGGACGCCGCCCAGUCGGAGAGCCGGCUGCUGCGCACGGCCAGCCUGCCGCGCGAGGCCACCUGUACCGAGAACCUCACGCCCUGGCAGAAGCUGCUGCCGUGCGGCGCCAAGGCUGGCCUGUCUAUGCUGCUCAACCCAACCCACCUGUACAGCACCAGCUACCACUCCCUCAGCGUUGACUUCAGGCCCGUCUGCGCCGACGAGCGCUGCUCGCGGCUGGGGUAUGAGAUCGCGCAGUCGGUGACGCUGGUGUACGAGCCGGUGACGUUCGAGCGGCGUCAGGGCCCGCGCCAGAACUGGUCCACCAAGACGCUGUUCGGCGCUGGCUUGUUCAGCGCCUGCGCCUUGGCCCAGCACAGCCACGUGUUCGUCGACACGGCCGCCAACGAGACGCACCCGUUCGUGCUGACGCCAGCCCCCGAGGGUGUGGUUCAGUCAACGGUGGCCGGGCAUACGGCCUCGUUCGCCGUGUACGAUGUGCGGAACCUGACGGCGGCCGGCGGUGUCAACCUGCGGGCCGACUAUGCUCGAGAGCACCGCUACAUCUGGACCCCGUCCCUGCCGCUGACCGUCACGGAAUACCAGACAGGCUCUGGCCAGUUCUCCGUCGGGCUCAGUCUGCAGCUGCACAGCUCGCAGCGCACCCGGCCGUUGGAGGUGGCCGUGCUGCAGGUGGUGCCCUGGUACAUCCGGCUCUACCUGCACACGCUCAAGGUCACCGUCGGCGAUCAGGUCAUCCAGCCAGUGUACCAGCGGUUGGUGCCGGGCCGGGACCGGCAGCGGCCGUACACGCUGGAGCUGGCGCUGCGCGUGCCGCCGCUCAGCGUGGCCACGGUCAGCGUGCAGGCGGAGCGGGCCUUCCUCAAGUGGCACGAGUAUCCGCCCGACGCCAACCACGGCUUCUACCUGCCGGGCGCCGUGGUCAGCGCCCUGCUGCCAGCCGACAACGUCACCCGGCACCCGCAUCGCAGCCCGCCGGUGGAGCAGGGUCGCAUGUUCGUCCGACUGUCGGCCGAGAACCAGCUGGUUACGCUGCCCACGCCCGACUUCUCUAUGCCGUACAACGUCAUAUGCCUGGUGUGCACGGUGGUGGCGCUCGCCUUCGGACCGCUACACAACAUCUGCACCAAACGGCUGCUUCUAGUGCCAAUCAGCGAUGAGAAGCCGGGCUACGUCACCCGACUCCGCGACGCCAUUGGUCGGCUGCUGUCGCGUUGCCGGCCCGGCGGCCAAUCGCCGUCGGCCACGGCUCAUACCGCGCCGGCCAAGGCUACCAAGGCCGACUGAAGUCGGGCCCAGCCAGAGCGCCGCAUCACCGGCCCUCUGCCGGUCAUCAGCCAAAACACUGACGCCGCCGAUCCGACGCCGGCGCCCGGAAGAGGCAAACCAAGCUGGGACGGGGCUCAGCCGCGCGCGUGAUGCAGGCUGUGUCUGAUGCGAUCCCUGAGAGGGUGUGCUUGCUCCGAGGUCACUGGAGGCCCUGCAGGUCGCUGCGGGUCACUCUGCGGCGCCUUGGGAAGCCGGCGCGGUGGCCACCUCUCCACCAUGAUCUCAGAUCUACGCACACCGGCCACGUCCUGCCAGCGUCGGGCCACGCUCUGCACGUGGUGUACUGCCGCUGAUCCCGCUCCCCAGCUGACUGCCGGGGUAGGCCAACAGUGCCAGCAGCAUUCAAACAAUACUGGUUGGCUGACGAUAUUAUCAUGUCUGCCAACAGCAUUAUCAAUGCAGUGUCUGCCAACAACGUUAUCAGUAUAACGUCUACCAUUAAUGCUAUUAUAAUUUCUGCCAACAUUGCUAUCAUUAUGUCUGCCUGCAAUGUGAUCAUUUAAAUGUCUGCCAACUGUGUCAGCUAGAAUCCAAAGUAGCCACCGCUGGCUCAGCGAAACUUUUUACUGGUGCAGUGUAUAGCACUGCUCACACGCAUUGCCUUGUGUUUCAAAGACCCUGUUGGAACAGUCGUACAGCAGGAGGGUGUCCUCCCACCCCCCACCCCCACCCCCCUCACCGCCACAUUCCUGCGUUCAUCGGGCUUAGGCACUCGCGAAACGAGUUCAUAACGAGCUGGUAAGAUGCCGUUCGUGCAGAGACUGGUGCUGAUAUGUCUGGUGGCGAUCACACGGGACGUUGAAGAGACCGUAAGAAAGCGUAGGCGAUCCGCCAGAGUUGACCUCUGUGAAACGCUAGUCUCGGGCGAGAGGAACCAAGCCGUAAUGCAUGCCCACGUAUGUGAUGAUACUUGUCGAGUGAGACUUCACGCUCAUUCACACCAGUUGAUGAACUGUGCUCAUGCAUCGCUAAGCGGUGUCGCGUGCGAAAUAUACGAUGAACAGUU